AUGUCUGAGGGGUUGGCAUUCAGCCUGACAGGUCAAAACCACCUCUCCGCACCUACUAUUCCCCUAUUCCCAGAACUUACGUCUUUUCAAAAUCUCAACAACACCAGCAACAGUGAUGGAUUGGAUACGGAGGGAGAACUACACCGUAGAUUGAAGUUCAAACUCCAUCGCACCAAACCUCAUGAAAUGUCGGCCAGUAAUCUCAAACACAAGGCGGCCGGAGCCGAACCGGCUUCACGUCUAGCUGAGAUUCUUCGUGAGCAAACUUUGGAAGGUAGGAUUCCACUUCGGAGAUCCUCGGCAGAUCUUGUGGACUCCUCAAUAAUUUUGCGGUUAAUGGCACAACAACACCAAAACUCUCUUCAUUCGCAUGAGACGAGUGCGUUCAACGUUGUCUCGCCCCUUCCAGCCUCUGAAGACGGUGUUUCUCCUAGUUCUACUCCUUCGUCUUCCUAUCAUACUGGUCCAGACGCCGAGGAGGCUUCCUGUUCAAUGGCGAAGCCCUUCAGCUGUCCCUUUGAUCUCCACGUGCUUUCGUUGAAUCCUACCCCACAAAUCCAUCCAGUGUUCACUGAACGCCGCGCUUCCGAUCCCUGUCCUGCUUCCUAUGCCUCUCUACAGAAACAGACGGUCCCACAAAACGCUAGAAGCGCCCCAACUGGACGUGUGAAAACGCACCAUUGUACAUUCCAAGGCUGUGACAAGGCCUACUUUAAGAGCUCCCAUCUUAAAGCCCACGUCCGAACGCAUACUGGUGAAAAGCCGUACGCCUGUGACUGGGAGGGAUGCGGACGUCAAUUUGCUCGAUCCGAUGAAUUGUCGAGGCAUAAGCGAGCUCACACUGGAGAACGCAAAUUUACCUGCAAUUUUUGCCCUCGCCGAUUUAGUCGCAGUGACCAUCUCAACAAACACAUGAAACGGCAUCAAUUGGAGGUGGUUACUGCUGCCACAGCGAUCAAUGGUAGCGCCAGUAGUUCUGGCGUUGCAGACAUUGAGAAACGCGCUUCUAUCGAUGUACCCUCGUCUCUAAUUCCCCAAGAGACUGGACCACGAUUUCAUCUCUGGUCUGAUGAGUAG